CCAGACACGGCAGGUCUCGGGAGAGAUUUGGCAAGACAAAACCAACAGUGGAGACACUUCACCACGUGUGCUCAUCUCACCUGGACCCUCAGGCCUGCUGCCUGCACCACCCAGCAGGGUCCAGGCUGCCCAGAGACCACCCAGACCCCGUCUCUGCUGGGGAUCAGGGAGCACUGCUGGAAGGGGUCCACACCGUCCGGCCCGGUUGAUCGGGACACUCUCCAUCCCGGAAGACCCGGAAGACCAGUCUCCCAUGAGGGAGCCUCAGACGUCAGGACGUGCGAUCAGCGGGCCCAAGGGGGGCUCCCACUCAGGGCGCACGCCACCCCGGCCCACGAACAGCGAAACUGGCAGGGCCGGGAACGGGUCGAGCCGCGGCGGAGGCGGGCCGGGUAUUUAUAGACGCGGGGAGAUUCCCUCGGCGCCCCAGCCCGCCGGGCAGGAGUGGGCGGGGCCUCUCCCGGGACCCCCACCGCAGACUCCGCCCCCGGCCGCCGCCCGCUCCCCACGUGGCCGCCGGCGGGCGGGGCUGGGCGGUGCCUCUUCUUCCUCCCGCGCGCCCAGCGGAGCCGGAGUCCGAGCUGUGCGGAGCCGUGCUGUGCGCCGGCGGUCCGCGGUUCCUGACCCGGCUCCUGACCCGACGCGGACCGAGCGCCGGCCUAAUAUACCCGCCCUCCGCCGCCGUCCCCUCCCGUUCAGCAAGAUGUCGGUGAAGGAGGGCACGCAGCGCAAGUGGGCAGCGCUGAAGGAGAAGCUGGGGCCUCAGGACUCGGACCCCACGGAGGCCAACCUGGAGAGCGCUGAGCCCGAGCUGUGCAUCCGGCUCCUGCAGAUGCCCUCCGUGGUCAACUACUCGGGGCUGCGCAAGCGGCUGGAGAGCAGCGACGGUGGCUGGAUGGUGCAGUUCCUGGAGCUGAGCGGCCUGGACCUCCUGCUCGAGGCCCUGGCGCGCCUGUCGGGCCGCGGCGUGGCCCGCAUCGCCGACGCCCUGCUGCAGCUCACCUGCAUCAGUUGCGUGCGCGCUGUCAUGAACUCCCAGGAGGGCAUCCAGUACAUCCUCAGCAACCAGGCCUACGUGCGCCAGCUCUCCCAGGCUCUGGACACAUCCAACGUGAUGGUCAAGAAGCAGGUGCUGGAGCUGCUAGCGGCCCUGUGCGUCUACUCACCGGAGGGCCACGCCCUGACCCUGGACGCCCUGGACCAUUACAAGACGGUGUGCAGCCAGCAGUACCGCUUCAGCGUCAUCAUGAACGAGCUCUCGGACAGCGACAACGUGCCCUACGUGGCCACCCUGCUCAGCGUGGUCAACGCCAUCAUCCUGGGCCCCGAGGACGUCCGUGCCCGCGCCCAGCUGCGCAGCGAGUUCAUUGGGCUGCAGCUGCUGGACGCUCUGAUGCGGCUACGAGACCUGGAGGACGAGGACCUGCUAAUCCAGCUGGAGGCCUUCAGGGAGGCCAAGGCCGAGGACGAGGAGGAACUGCUGCGGGUCUUCGGGGGCAUCGACAUCAACAGCCACCAGGAGGUCUUCGCCUCCCUCUUCCACAAGGUGAGCUGCUCCCCAGCGUCUGCCCACCUGCUGUCUGUGCUGCAGGGCCUCCUGCACCUGGAGCCCACCGUCCGCUCCGGCCAGCUGCUCUGGGGGGCCCUGGAGAGCCUGGUGAACCGGGCCGUGCUCCUGGCCAGUGACACCCAGGAGUGCACCCUGGAGGAGAUGGUCGAGCGGCUCCUGUCCAUCAAGGGGUGGCCCCGCCCGCGCUCCCUGGACAAGGCCCACAAGGGCGUCCAGGUCAACCUGGGCCAGAGUCAAAGGGGCAGCUCCCCCCAGGACACCGGUGCCCCGACGGUGGGGGUCGGGGGCCAGCAGCCAGUGGCAGCCCUCGCUGGCCUGCACGUGGCCAGUGUCCAGGGCGAGAGCGGCAGGAUGGCGCCACAGCCCACAGCUCCGGAGCAGCUGGAGCCCACCCCACCCCCAGCUGCACCCCCCCUCCCUGGCACCGCAACCUGUCCCCCGCCCCCGCCCCCGCCCCCACCCCCACCCCCACCACCUCCUCCACCCCCGCCCCUGCCAAGCCUGGGGGCCGCGUUCCCCUCACCCCCACCUCCCCCACUGCCUGGCUCUAGUGGGACCAUACCCCCCCCACCUCCACUCCCAGGCCUGGGGUGCCCGCCCCCGCCCCCGCCCCUGCCGGUCACCUCCAGGCCCCCUGCAGCGGGCGGCGCGGAGGAGAUCAUCGUGGCCCACGUGGGCCACAGCCUGGGCUCCGCCUGGGUCCCCAGCCACCGGCGGGUGCAGCCCCCCACCCUGCGCAUGAAGAAGCUGAAUUGGCAGAAGCUGCCGUCCACCGUGGUCCGAGAGCGCAGCUCCAUGUGGGCGUCACUGAGCAGCCCGGACGCUGAGGUGGUGGAGCCUGACUUCUCCAGCCUCGAGCAGCUCUUCUCCUUCCCCGUGGCCAAGCCCAAGGAACAAGCAGUGGCCCCAGCCAGGAAGGAGCCCAAGGAGAUCACUUUUCUGGACUCCAAGAAGAGCCUGAGCCUCAACAUCUUCCUGAAGCAGUUUAAAUGCUCCAACGAGGAGCUCACCGCUAUGAUCCGGGCUGGGGACACCAGCAAGUUUGACGUGGAGGUCCUCAGGCAGCUCCUCAAGCUCCUCCCCGAGAAGCACGAGAUUGAAAACCUGCGCUCCUUCACAGAGGAUCGGGCCAGGCUGGCCAGCGCUGACCAGUUCUACCUACUCCUGCUGGGCAUCCCCUGCUACCAGCUCCGGGUCGAGUGCAUGCUGCUGUGUGAGGGUACGGCCGUUGUGCUGGACAUGGUGCGGCCCAAGGCCCAGCUGCUGCUCGCCGCCUGCGAGAGCCUGCUCGCCAGCCACCGGCUGCCCGUCUUCUGCCUGCUGAUCCUGAAAAUCGGGAACUUCCUCAACUACGGCAGCCACACCGGGGACGCUGACGGCUUCAAGAUGAGCACGCUGCUGAAGCUCACGGAGACCAAGGCCCAGCAGAGCCGCGUCACGCUGCUGCACCACGUGCUGCAGGAGGUGGAGGAGAGCCACCCGGACCUCCUGCAGCUGCCCCAGGACCUGGAGCCGCCCUCCCGAGCGGCAGGGAUAAACCUUGAGAUCAUCCACUCGGAGUGCAGCACUAACCUGAAGAAGCUUCUGGAGAUGGAACGGAAGGUGUCUUCCUCCAUCCCGGAGGUGCAGGAGCAGUACUCCCAACGCCUCCAGGCCAGCAUCACAGCCUCCCAGGAGGUGGAGGAGGUAUUCCAGGCCAUCACGCAGAAGCAGCUGGAGCUGGCCGCCUACCUGUGUGAGGACGCCCAGCAGCUGUCCCUGGAGGACACGCUCAGCACCAUGAAGGCCUUCCGGGACCUCUUCAUCCGCGCCCUGAAGGAGAACAAGGACCGGAAGGAACAGGCGGCCAGGGCUGAGAGGAGGAGGCAGCAGCUGGCGCAGGAGGAGGAGGCCCGGAGGCUGCGGGGCGAGGACGGGAAGCCUGCCAGGCCGGGAGGCGGGAAGCAGGAGGACGUGUGUGUCAUCGACGCCUUGCUGGCUGACAUCAGGAGGGGCUUCCAGCUGCGCAAGACGGCCCGUGGCCGAGGGGACGCCGAGGUGGCCAGCAGGGCGGCUGCCGCAGACCCCCCGAGGCGCAAGGCACCUGCGGCCACCAGGGACCCCGUGGGAGGCACCAGCCUCCCCACCUCCGAGUCUGGUCCCGACGCUGCAGCGGCCAAGGAGCCCCGCGGCUGGGCUCUCGCAGAUGCCGCCCCCAGCAGCGCCCAGCCCACUGGAGACUCAUCAGAGAAGGGUGGGCCUGGGUCCCUGGAGAGGCGUUCUUCCUGGUACGUGGAUGCCAGUGAUGUCCUGGCCACCGAGGACCCCCUGGGCCCCCAGCCCUCUGCAGGGGCCUGGCCAUUGGUGCUGGGAGACACUCAGGCCCUGAAGCCCCUCAACUUCUCCAGUGACAAGCCCUCCACAGCGAUGGGUUUGAGCCAAGACACCGAGGAACCCACGGCCCCUCCGGGCGCCUGCCAGGCCGAGGCUGACACCACACGCGAGGGCGCGGAGGAUGCAGGUGCCCACAGCCGCGGUGCUGGCCUCCCUGCUGCAGGCCGUGGCGGGGACGGAGACGAAGAUGAGGAGCGCACAGCCCCAGACUCCGCUCUGGACACCUCCCUGGACAGGUCCUUCUCCGAGGAUGCCGUGACUGACUCGUCAGGGUCUGGCACCCUCCCCAGGGCCCAGGGCCGGACGUCAAAAGGCACAGGCAAGCGAAGGAAGAAGCGCCCCUCCAGGAGCCAGGAAGAGGUUGACCUUGACCCUGACGAUAAUAAAACAAAAAGACUCUGUGUGAUCCAGUAAGGCCUCAGGCCCCGGCCCAGAACCAAGUGAGAGGACCCGCAGCAGGACCGCUGGACGUGCUGCCGAGCAGGGCUCCUCCGGGGCCAGGCUGGGACCGGCCCCCGGGAAACCAAAACUCUGUGCCUUACCCAGCCAGUGCCGCGGUCUCCCGGAGCCCUGGCAGGGGCUUGUGGCUGGGACCCCAAUGGGCACUGGGGCCCGGCCCCCCUGGCGCCUUCCUGGCCCGCCUGAAUGCCCCCAGCCCCUCGCGGUUUGCUUUCCAAACGCCGAUGCCCAGCCCCAACCCCACACCGCAUGCACCACGGCGCCCGCCCACAGCCUGCAGGGGGCAGGGUCAGGUGGCUGCGGGCCCGGGCACCGCUGAGCUUGUGACCUGGCACCCAGCUGCUUCUGGGGACAGGCCCUCACAGACCCCCUCCCCCUGAAGCUGCGGUUAGCCGGGGGGGGGGGGAGGGGGCUGGAGCCCCGGCGCCACAGCUCAUCCCCCCAGCCCACUCAGUUGGUCUGAAGCAGUCGUGUUUAACUGAAAUGGGAUUGUUGAUGGGUUUCUACAGUUCUGUGGUGGCCAAGUCGGGGAUAGGUAGGUGGGUGAGAGGACCCCAGGGCCUUUGGGUAAAGGCAGGCUGUCUGGCAGUGCAGGGGAGGGCCAGCGUCCCUCUACUCAGCAGGGGGACACCCCAUGGAGCUGACACCCAUCCUAGCAUCUCCAGCCCUGAGGUGGGGAGGGGUCUGCCCUUGUGGCCACAGCUGGGACCUGGUCCCCUCGUCGACAACAUGACCCGCCCUGCGAACUGCUGCUCCCACCCCCAGACCCGGCUGGGCUGAGGGGAGGCCAGGGUCCAGGCCUAGGGGACCGGACAGAUCUAGCCAGAGGGGCUGCCGCCUCUCGUCUCUGACCCCAUGGGCCCCCUGCCUGCACUGCGCCCCCGCCCACCCCCCACCCCCCCACCCCCCCACCGUGUGCUGCUGAGAUGGAGGAACUUUGGCCAAUAAAGAGCAAAG